AAACACUGCAACAUGUGGAGUUUUAUUUUGAAAAUGCGGAAGGAAGUGGUAUUUUCUUCAGCGUGCGGCUGGUGCUUCGGUACUUCGAAGAAGAGAGGCGGGACUCGUUGGAUCGGAGCGGCAGAGCGGCGGCCGCGGACUGCAGAGAGCUCACAUCUCUUCCGUCAGUAGUCGAGUUCAGGCAGUGCGCAGAGCAGGACUUCAUCCUUCACUCGGACCGAGACUUUUAUGUUUUUUGUUUUUGCAGACAUUUUUGGACCUACAAAUAUGCGGCUGUGCUCACUCCGCGGCAGGAGAAGAGACCAGUCUUAGAAUAAACCCUCCACAAGUUGAACUGCGCUCCAAAGAGGAGGAAAGCUUCCCACGUCCUUCUUUCUCCCCACAGAUAAACACUUGUCCUGGACCCUGAUUGUCAUCGUUUGCGCCGUUUCUUCGCUUGCUAAACUUCUCCGUCCCGAUGGAAGCCAGAGGGAAGUACGAAUUUAACGCGUCAGCAGACGACGAGCUCAGCUUCAAAAAGGGCGACAUCCUGAAGAUUUUAAGCCCGCAGGACGAUUGGUAUAAAGCCGAGAUGAACGGACAGGAAGGAUUCGUCCCACAGAACUACAUCGAGAUGCAGGCUCCGAGGUGGUUUCAGGAGAACGCCAGUCGCAGCGCUGCAGAGGAACUCCUGAGGUGCAAGGAAGUAGGAGACUUUGUGAUCCGAGGGUGCCAGAGCUCCCCUGGAGAUUUCUCCAUCUCCGUCAAACAUGAGAGUGACGUUCAGCACUUCAAAGUGAUGAGGGACAACAAAGGCCAGUACUUCCUGUGGUCUGAGAAGUUCACCUCCCUAAACAAGCUGGUGGAGUUUUACAAGCACACGUCCAUCUCGAAGACCAGGGAGAUCUACCUCAACGACGGCAGCUUGGACAGCAGGAGCCCCUCCGUGGCCCCGUCGGUGAAGAGGGGAAGUCUGCCUGAGCAACGUAACACAACGGCAGCCGUCGCAGCUUCACCACGCAGAGCUUCAGACCAACCUCACAACCAGCUGGCUAAGAGGAUGGGUCUGGAGGAGCGAGCUCACACCAUCGGUCACACAGGAAGGAGCAGCCCAGUCAGCUCUGCUUAUGUUCCCCGUCGCACAUCUGAGACCAUGCCUCUGCCUCAGAGGGCGUCCUUGGUGCAGGUCCGGGCGCUGUACGACUUCACCGCCGAGGAGGACGACGAACUCGGGUUCUGCGCCGGGGACAUCAUCGAAGUGCUGGAUCGCUCUGACGCGUCGUGGUGGAGGGGGAGGCUUCGGGGGAGAAGCGGGCUGUUUCCUGCCAACUACACAACACAGCUGUGAGAAAGCACCCCGGGUGAUGCACACGACUGCGCCUGCACACAUCCACGGACUUGCUCUGCAGGCGCAACGGCCCCGACUUUGUGCUUUUGAGCAAGAACACUGAGCAGUCAGUGACCCGCACAUCAAGACGCCGGCGCCCUGAGGACUGAGGAUCCAUAAUACUCAGAUACCUGCUGCCACUCAGUGUGUGGUGCUCGUUCAGGUUUUAUUGAACAUUUCUGUGUGUGUGUGUGUGUGUGUGUGUGUGUGUCACUUGUCCACAAAGAGGAGCAGAGACACAGAUGACACCCGCAUGUCCGACUGACGAAGCGACUGUGAUUCAGCUGUUUCUGCUCCUGUUCAAAGUGCAGUCGUGUUUUAUGCCGCAAAAGGUUUUGUUUGACAAAUUCAACGGAUUUUUAACAAAGUCUGAAUGCUUAAAAUAGAUGUGUAUCUCCCCAGCUGCUCACUGACCUGGAAAUAAAAUAGUUUUUUUUAUCACAGA